AUGUAUGAGGACUGUGUCAAGUCCACUGAGGACUAUUAUUUCGUCUGUGACAACGAGGGAGCAUGGGGCAUUGUUCUCGAGUCCCUGGCAAUAAUCGGCAUAGUAGUUACAAUUAUACUACUCUUGGCAUUUCUCUUCCUCAUGCGAAGGGUUCAAGACUACAGCCUGUGGAAUACCCUCCCCACUCAGUUCCUCUUCCUCUUGGGUGUGCUGGGCCUCUUUAGCCUCUCAUUUGCCUUCAUUGCUCAGUUCAAUCAGCAAACUGCCCCCGUACGCUACUUUCUCUUUGGGGUUCUCUUCGCUCUCUGUUUUUCAUGCCUCUUGGCUCAUGCCUCCAACCUGGUGAAGCUUGUCCGGGGUAGAGUCUCCUUCUGUUGGACAACAAUUCUGUGCAUCGCUAUUGGUGUCAGCUUGUUGCAGGUAAUCAUUGCCAUUGAGUACGUGACUCUCAUGAUGACCAGAGGUAUGAUGUUUAUGCAUAUGACACCCUGCCAGCUCAACGUGGACUUCGUUGUACUCCUGGUCUAUGUCCUCUUUCUGAUGGCCCUCACGUUCUUUGUCUCCAAAGCCACUUUCUGUGGCCCAUGUGAGAACUGGAAGCAACAUGGAAGGCUCAUCUUCGUCACUGUGCUCAUCUCCAUCAUUAUCUGGGUGGUGUGGAUCUCCAUGCUCCUGAGAGGCAACCCACAGCUCCAGCGGCAGCCCCAGUGGGAUGACCCCGUCAUCUGUAUUGCCCUGGUCACCAAUGCAUGGGUUUUCCUGCUGCUGUACAUCAUACCCGAGCUCUGCAUUCUCUACAGAUCGAGCAAGCAGAACUGCCCUUUACCAGGCAACACCUGCCCAGCCCCAGCCUAUCAGUGCAACUUCAGAGUGGAGAACCAGGAACUCUCACGAGCCCGAGACAGUGAUGGAGCUGAGGAGGAUGUAGCAUUAACUUCAUAUGGUACCCCCAUUCAGCUGCAGACUGUUGAUCCCACACAAGAGUGUUUCAUCCCACCGGCUAAACCAAGCCCCCAGCAAGAUGCAGAAAUGUAA